UAUUAAUUGCCUAAUAAUUACGUUCCAGUUAAAUUGGCGUCAGUUAUUUUUUUGGGUUUAACCGUCGGACUGUACCUUUGGCUGCCCAAGAUACACAGCCUGCUCGACAAGUGCUGCAAUCUCUACUUGGUCUGCCUCAUGGUGGCUUUUCUUCUGAAUGUUCACUCCAUUUUAUCCGUAGCACCCGGAUUUGAUUGCUUUCUGACUGGCUACCUCGGCUACUUCGCCACCAUGGCUACCUUCUUGUGGCUCUCGGUAACUUGCUUCGUGUACUGGAGAACUUUCUCCAGAAUUAUGUCAAGUCCUGGAGGAAUGAUUGGUCUCAACUUCCUCGCCUUCAACCUCGUCGCUUGGACCUCAGCCGUAACUAUGGCAGUUGUAAUCUUUCUUGUUGAUUUUUUCCAGCCAUUUCCGGAGAAGAACUUUUGCCAAGGAUCAUUUGCCAAGGACCAGACCAGACAAGGACAACCAGAUCUAGAGAACAACACCGUAUCAGGGACCCACGCCUUCCCGCUUAUGACCCAAGCUAGCUAAGUUUUAAACUUGACAAACUGAUUUAUCCAGAGCUUCAAUCGAAUUCCUUAAAGUUUCUAAAAAUAAUUGUAUGGCUGAAUAACUUCUGCACUGUAUAGUUAAUUGAUAACAUAAAAGAACAAAUACGAGCCAUGAGUUGCUCGAUAAAUUGGAGAUUUUUUAGUUCUCCAGG